GACAAUGGCAACAAAAACCGUCAAGUCCACAAAGUGGAAGCUUACUUUGAUAUGUCUAGUUUGUGUGACGGGUAUAUCGGGGCAGUCCGUCAAUACCACGACCACACAAAGGACGACUGUCAAGGAGACCUCGACACAGAACCGUUUAGUGAUGAACUCAACUCUUGCGAGCACCAGCAGCCACCUUAUUUCCUCUGCAAGUGUCACGGCUGAUAGAUUCAACGGAACUAGCCGUGGGUACGGCUGGUCAGCUAAUACAACAGGUCCUCCUUUGUCUACAACAAUUAAUGUGUACAACAGGACAACAGGAGGGACCACGGGGGCUCCUCAAUACAACAGGACAACAGGAGGGACCACGGGGUCCCCACAAUACAACAGGUCAGGUGAGACGCAAACGAGUGCUGCAGCCACUACGUCGUCACCUAGAGGUACCACAAUGCCGACAACACAGAAUAGCUUUAUGGGACAAACGACUAGAGCAGCAACAAUGCAGACAACACAGAAUAGCUUGACUUGGGGCACAACUGCUCCAACGUUCAACUCUUGGCUGACAUCAACUACACCACGUUACCCAUCUACUACACGUCCAGCUUCAGGAUGUGGUGGCACACUUCACCAGAGCUAUGGAACUAUAAUGUCUCCUAACUACCCAUUUAAUUACGAAAAUAAUCAGCUUUGUCAAUGGGUCAUCAAGGCAGAUCAUGGGAAAAUAAUUGACCUCAGAUUUAAACGCCUGGCCUUAGAAGGGAUUGAUUCAACCUAUGGAUGUCCAGAUUACGUGGCCAUCUAUGAUGGAGCCUUGGUGGAUUAUCUCCCCAUCGCCAAGCUAUGUGGCUCUAGCGAUGUGACUAACCUGAUGAUAAGAUCUUCUGGAGACUCAUUGAGGGUUGAAUUCUACACAGAUUUUUCAAUCACGGCACCUGGUUUUAUUGCUGUAUUUUGGGAGCAUGAAUGUGAAGCCUUGAAGUAUGGAACUGACCUAUGCAACGUGUCUUGCAGUUGUGACAAAGACAAUACAGCCUUCUGUGAUCACUUUAAUGGUACUUGUUUUUGUAAACAAGGCUGGAUAGGAGAUGACUGCACAAUAGACAUCAAUGAAUGUGUGGAGUCACCAACCAGCGUGUGCCCCUCUGAAUACAGUGUAUGUAGAAAUCUUCCUGGUUCAUUUGAGUGCGUAUGUGAAACUGGAAUAACAGCAAAUGACACAGGGUUAUGUGUUGGUAAGGUGGGAUGUCAAAAGAAUUGUUCCCAUGUUUGUGGAGUUAAUGCAAGUCAACCAGAACAGGAAUUGUGUUUCUGUCCUGUAGGAAGUAAACUACUCAACGCCAGUGAUACAACUUGUGUUGCCAACUCAAUUGUUGCUACUUACUUUCUUUCUCCAAAAUGCAGCAAUUUAACCCAUGGAAAAAAUUGUGCAUUAAGUUGCAACUGCAAAUCAAAUACUACAGCAAGCUGUGACAACAGGAUGGGAACUUGCUAUUGUUUGCCUGGAUGGACAUCACAAAAUUGUUCUGUUGAUAUUAAUGAAUGUCUUUAUACUAGCUGUGGGCUGUAUAGUUACUGCACAAACACCCCAGGGAGCUACAAGUGUUCUUGUUAUUCUGGAUAUAUUUUAAGUGAUGCAGGGAAUUGCAUACGUGAAGGCUGCGUAAAAACUUUGAACAGUUCUACAGGAAUUAUCCAGAGUCCUAAUUAUCCUUAUGCUUAUGGCUCAAAUCUCCAGUGCAAGUGGACUAUCAUUGUAGAACUAGAUCAUAUAAUAUCUUUGAGGUUUUCUACCUACAAUGUUGAAGGGUGUCCAUAUGAUUUUGUUCAAGUAUUUGAUGGCAAAAGUUCCAAUGAUCGGUUAAUUGGAAAAUACUGCAACAGCUUCAGCAUACCCAACCAAAUUGUUUCCACAUCAAACCAAAUGUUCAUUACAUUUGUAACAGAUGGGAUUGUCUCAUAUAAUGGAUUUAGUGCUACAUAUACAUCUUAUGGUACUCUCAAAAGAAGAAAUGAGAAUGGCACAAAUAUAGAUGUUUCAACACUACAGUUGUGUAUUGACCACAUUAAGUUAAUGGAUGGCUGCCAUGUCAAUGACUAA